UUAGAAGGGUGAGGGACGCAGAGCGAGCGACACACACAACGUGUCUUCGAAUCGAAGGAUAGAGAGGUGGCGCGUUAAAGGCAGGAGAUGCGCGUGUAGAACACUUCCAUCGAACCCGUGGCUCACACAGCUCCCGGAGUCAGACCCGUCAGGAAAACACCAAGCCGAAACAGGUGUUAGUGACAACUUUGCCUUUGUUUGCGACCUUUAUCACUUAAAGGUGCUGUGGCUUUAGGCAUGGCACCCAACGUAGAGAGGAUUCUCCAGUGCAUCGACCGAGGGGACCAGGAGAGUGUCCAGACGCAGCUGGCCAGCUACAACACUGUGUACGCAGAGUGCUUCUUCUUCAACGUGGAGGAGUGGGAGAAGCGAAAGCAACAAGAACUGGACGAGUUCAGGAAGAACAAAGUGCGAGAUUAUGUCCCCGAGUCCGACUCUGACUUCGACUCAGGCUCUGAUGAGGCAGACCCUGAUCUCCUGCUACGACAGAGGCUGGCGGCGGCCCUGCUGUGCUUCAUCGGCAAGCAGCCGCUGCGGCCGGGGGUGCUGUCGGCGUGCCUGCGCACCCUGCGCAUCCUGUCCCGGGACCGGCAGGCCCUGGGGCCCCUGGUCACCGACGGGGCCCUGCUCACGCUGGCCGGCCACGGCGGCAUCUGCAGCGCCCCCCCCGUCCACGAGGAGGAGGAGGAGGAGGAGGAGGAGGAGGAAGAGCAGGCCAUCGUCUAUGCAGUAGAGGACGAUGAGGUGGUCUACCACGACGCCAGCGGCUGCCUGGCGCCCGCGGAGGCGGCGGCGGCGGCGGGCGACGGUGAGGCCUGGGGGCCCGACGGCUGGGGCAGCUGGGAGACCACCAGCGAGGAGGAGGGCGGCGGCCCGGCCUGCUGCAGCGUGGACGUGGUGGUGGAGGCCGGGAGCCCCACACCCGAAGGGUCCCCGCCCGCCACGCCUCCGUCGGACCCCCGCCGGAGCCCGAGGAGCCCGAGGACCAGGGGGGCCGGCGGCGCGGGCGGCCUCCUCCUGGCCCGGGGCAAGAAGGACGCCAGGGAGGACCGGAGCGAGGGCGGGGACCCCCCCGAGGACGGGGAGGUGUGCCGGAAGGAGGCCAUGAAGACCCUGUGCAACGUCAUCUACAACAGCCCCGAGGCGCAGGACAGGGCGAGCGCGCUCAGGCUUCUCCCAAGGCUGUCCCAGAGGCUGAAGCUGGAGAUCCACACCGGGGAGCCCACGAUUGUGCAGUUCUAUGAGCUGAGACUGCUCUUUCUGUUGACGGCCCUGAGGCCUGAGCUCAGGAAACAACUGCAGCAGGAGCAGGGCGUGGCUACGCUAACGGCGGGCCUGAAGCAGUGUCUGGCCGUCCGGCGGGGUGAAGACCACGAAGAAGAGCUGGGUGAGCCCGGCCGGACGCCCCCCCCGGUCCCCAGGGAGGCCUCGGAGCGCGCCAUCGAGAUCCUGAAGACCCUCUUCAACAUCACCUACUCCUCCCGCCGCCAGCAGCCCGACGAGGAGGAUGCUGCUCUCUAUCGUCACCUGGCGGACAUUCUCCGGCUGUGCCUCCUGCAGUCCUACGAGGACGAAGACCAUUCAGAGGAGGUCCAAGGGCACACGGUGAACGUGCUGUCGGCCCUGCCCCUGCAGUGCCUGGACGUCCUGCUGUCGGGGGCCCCGGGCGAAGAGGGGGGGGUCAACAUGGACUGUGUCCAAGCGCUGCUGCUCUUCAUGGAGAAACGCAUCGAGCGGGGCCAGAAGCUGAAGGAGAAGCUCACGCCGGUGCUGAACCUUCUGACGGAGAGCUGCCGCGGGCACAGAGAGACCAGACACUACCUCCGUCACCAGAUCCUGCCCCCGCUGCGCGACGUGGCCCUCCGACCCGAGCAGGGCCCCACCCUGAGGGGCCGGUUGGUGCGGCUCAUGACCCACAUGGACACGGAGGUGAAGCACUGCGCCGCAGAGCUGCUGUUCGUCCUCUGCAAGGAGAACGUGAACCGCUUCGUGAAGUACACGGGGUACGGCAACGCGGCCGGGCUGCUGGCGGCGCGCGGGCUGCUGGGGGGCCGGCCGGGGGCGGACCCGGGGGGGCCGCAGUACUCCAGCGACUCGGACUCGGACACGGAGGAGUACCGCGCGGCCAAGAGCCGCAUCAACCCGGUGACGGGCCGCGUGGAGGCGGAGCAGCCCGACCCCAUGCGGGGCAUGACGGAGGCGGAGAAGGAGCGCGAGGCGCGCCACCUCAUCGGCCUCUUCAACCGCCUCUCCCGGGAACAGAUCAUUCAGCCAAUGGGAAUGAUGACGGAUGGGAGACUAGCACCCAUGUGUGGUCAGAUCAGGAGCGGCACCGUGGAGGAAGAGGAGGAGGAAGAGGAAGAGGAAGGGGAGGACGAAGAGUACAUAGAUCAGUAGCAUUAGAGAGGAAGAGAAAGACUGUUGGGGAAGUUAAAUCUGGUUGCAAACUAUGUCAAAAUAAAUUCCCGAAAACAGACAGACAAAGAGACAGACAGCAAGAAAGACAUUCAGAAACCAAUGACAGAAAGAGAGAGAAAUACAGCAGACGUGACGAUUUGAACAAAGGAAGACAGAUAUAUAUACAGCCUGACAGACAGACAGACGGACGGACUUGGCAGACUCAUUUUAUUUUUGAUAGUCCUUUUUCAUGUGCUUAUAGACGGCAUGCACCCCCACACACAGACACACUCACAGACACACAGACACACAGACACACACACACACACACACAC